GGACGAGGCAGCCUGGCUGGAGUUUUCUCAUGCCUCUCUUUUCUGCUGACUCACAGAGGAACCGGCUGAACUGCUUAACCACCAUCCAGCCCCCGGGACUGCCAGCCAGCCCUGGAUCUUCCUCCUGCUGCUUCCACUGCUAGAGAAAUCGGACUUCGCUGGAAAAAAAAAAACCCCACCAAAACCAAACCAAACCAGGAGCUUCUCAUCGCGCCCGGGCGAAGGAAGAAGGGAUGCUUCGCUGUUUCUGUUCCUCCUGCUUUCAUCCCUGUUAAAGGUCCGUCCGUCCGUCCGUCCGUCCGUGGGAAAGCAGGCAGGCAGGCAGAUCUGGGCAAAGCAGAAGUUUGCUGCAAGGGGAUGCACUUUCUGUUGGAUGCUGUCGCCGCACUGAAUGCGUAAGGACGGGGAAAGCCAUGUCCCAGAUGCUGCACAUCGAGAUCCCCAAUUUUGGGAACACCGUCCUGGGCUCCCUGAAUGAGCAGAGGCUUCUGGGCCUCUACUGCGAUGUCUCCAUCGUGGUCAAGGGCCAGGCCUUCAAGGCCCACCGGGCGGUGCUGGCCGCCAGCAGUUUGUACUUCCGGGACUUGUUUAGCGGGAACAGCAAAAGCGCCUUCGAGCUGCCCAGCUCGGUGCCGGCUACUUGCUUCCAGCAGAUCCUCUCCUUUUGCUACACGGGCAAGCUGACCAUGGCGGCCAGCGAGCAGCUGGUGGUGAUGUACACGGCGGGCUUCCUGCAGAUCCAGCACAUCGUGGAGAAAGGGACCGACCUCAUGUUCAAAGUCAGCUCGCCCCACUGUGACUCUCAGACGGCCAUGAUCGAAGAAGCUGGCUCGGAGCCCCAGAGCCCUUGCAACCCCGUGCAGAUGGCGUCCAUGCCUUACGUCAUGUCCCCCUCGCUACCCAUCCCGCUCCUCACCCGGGUCAAGCACGAGAACCUGGAGCAGCAGGCGCCGCUGCCGGCCAAGCGGGCCUUGGAGGGGGGCCUGCGAGAGGCAUCGGCGGGGGGCUCCGCGGGCACCACGGCGGUGAAGCUGUCCCGCGUCUCCUACUACGGGGUGCCCAGCCUCGCCCCGCUCAUCUCCAGCAUCCCGCAGGCUCCGUAUGUCCAGGGGGAGCGGACAAGUCCCGGGGCCAGCAGCAUCCCAACCACAGACAGCCCCACGUCCUACCACAACGAAGAGGAUGAGGAAGACGAUGAAGCCUACGACACCAUGGCUGAAGAGCAAUAUGGGCAGAUGUACAUCAAGUCGACAGGCAGCUACGCAGGGCCUCCAGAGAAGCCAGAGCAAAUUCCCGUGGAGAGCCGCUCCUGUGUCCUCAUCCGGCGCGAUUUGGUAGCGCUUCCGGCGAGUCUGAUUAGCCAGAUCGGUUACCGCUGCCACCCGAAACUCUACUCGGAAGGCGAUCCUGGAGAAAAACUUGAAUUGGUUGCAGGUUCUGGGGUUUACAUCACUCGAGGACAGCUCAUGAAUUGUCACCUCUGUGCAGGUGUGAAACACAAAGUCCUCCUUCGACGCCUCCUGGCCACGUUCUUCGACAGGAACACGUUGGCCAACAGCUGUGGAACAGGAAUUCGUUCUUCCACCAGUGACCCCAGCCGGAAACCCCUCGAGAGCCGGGUGCUCAAUGCUGUGAAAUUGUAUUGUCAGAAUUUUGCCCCCAGUUUCAAGGAGAGCGAGAUGAAUGUCAUCGCGGCCGACAUGUGCACGAACGCCCGCCGAGUGCGCAAGCGAUGGCUUCCCAAGAUCAAGUCCAUGCUGCCCGAGGGGAUGGAGAUGUACCGCUCCGUCAUGGGCUCCACCACCGCCAACGUCCUCCUGGACCCCGAAUUCCAGCCUUCCAGCGCCCAGAUGUUCGAGCAACGGAUCUAUGCGGAAAGGAGAGGGGAUUCUGGGACGAUUGUAGCCCUCAGAACUAACACAGUGACGGUCGACCAGAGCAACGGGACGGGCCCCUUGUUUGAGCCGAGCGAGGAGGGUGAAGGGGCCAGUUCCGUCAUCCAGGAGUCGGCCGGCCCAGAAGCCCUGGCUUCCGAUACCCAAAGCACCUCACAGCCCUUCGAAGAAGGAUCGGGGUCCCCCAGCCGGCCGGAAACCCCUGCGGGGCGGCCGGAGGCGACUUACGGGGCCCCCUUAUGAACCAGACCGCCGAGGGUGGGCCGUCACUCUCUGGAAGGAUCUGUAACCCUAAAGCUGCUUGCAUGUUCUUAUUAAUUACAGAAGAAAACAAACAAACAAAACACCCCCAUACGAUCAAACCAUUUACCUACUGAACUGCUACCGUUGCCUGAGAAAAAUUUUGAUUUUUGAGUCUGCUCGUGUUUAGGACCGAUGAAGGCGCCACCCAGUGGGAAGAG